AUGUCAGCCAGAAAGGAAUAUCUGCUCUCUUCGCCAAAUUACCCCACAACAAUGUCAUGCUCAGAGAGCCCGGCUGCGAACUCCUUCUUGGUGGACUCCUUAAUCAGCGCUGGCAGAGGAGCAGAAGCUGGGGGCUACUACCAGGGCACAGGGGUCUACCUGCCCCAGGCUUCCGAGGUGUCUUAUGGGCUGCAGAGCUGUGGACUUUUCCCCGUUUUGAGCAAAAGAAAUGAAGCUGUCCCCCCCAGUAACCCAGCCCCCACUUCUCAAGGCUAUGCUUCAGGGAUGGAGCUCUGGCUAGAAGCCCCCAGGUCCUGCAGAGUGGAGCAAUCUGAAAGCCAGGCUGCCACCGCUUGCUCCUUCGCACAGAAUAUCAAGGAGGAGAACUCCUAUUGCCUCUAUGACACGGACAAAUGUAAUAAGACUUCUUCUGCGACUGACUUAUCAGCCACUUUCCAAAGGGUUAACCCUGAGGCUAGCCCUGCUCAUAGUACCAGCUCUGUUCCAGUGCCAGGGUACUUCCGCCUCUCCCAGGCUUAUGGCUCAUCCAAGGGGUACGGUGCCGGUCACAUUGCUGUUCCCCCAUUUGCACCCCAGCCCCCCGCUCGCUUUGAGCAGCCCCUGUCCUUGCCCUCCAUGCCCGCAGAGAAUGCCAGGAAAGACAGCGAGGAGUCGCCCCCUGCCAAGCUCCCUGGUGCCGCCGCCCAGCUCGGAGCAGACGAGGAGCCUCACAUGUCUUCAUCCGGAGCUGAGGACUCUUCUCCGGCUCCUUCUGACAGCAGCAAGCACUCCCCGGAGAAAGAACCUCGAGGGAACUCAAAAGGUGAAAAUUGUGCCAACUGGUUAACAGCAAAGAGCGGCAGAAAGAAAAGAUGUCCCUACACCAAGCACCAGACCCUGGAGCUGGAGAAGGAGUUUCUCUUCAACAUGUACCUGACUCGAGAGCGUCGCCUAGAGAUCAGCCGCAGCGUCCACCUCUCAGACAGGCAGGUCAAGAUCUGGUUCCAGAACCGCAGGAUGAAGCUGAAGAAAAUGAACCGGGAAAACCGAAUUCGGGAGCUCACAGCCAACUUCAACUUCUCUUGAUGAGCUCCUUCAUGGAGAACCAGUACUCUUCUUCUCCUCCAGUCACCUGAAUGGAUUGCCAGAGCUGUACAUUAUGACCAGUAUGUCCUUCAUCCGCCCUGCCUUCCGGGUUAAAGCCAUACUUGCACACGUCUUAAGAGCUUUUUUUAUUAUUAUAUUAAUUAUUAUUAUUAUUUUUUAUUAUUUUUUUAGACUGAGAUAAUUUUUUAUGGCGGUUCCGCAUUUAUUUCCUUGUACAUUUACUGUCCUGUUCCUCCCUUUGUCUUACAUCCGGCAUUGCAUUUUAUGUUGAUCAAAGAAAAGGUGGAUGAGGCACUAAAACACCAGUUCUCACAUUUUAUUGGGUAGAAUUAAAUGUUCCUUAUUCCUCCAGGAAAAGGGAACUAUUUCUUUCCUCAAUAAAGUCAUGAAGGCACAUGAGAACAUUUGCAGGACUCAGAUGAUUUCUUGAAUGUAGUCUUUGAGUUUGGGUAGAAAGAGCAGAAAAGCACAUGGUCCAUGGCUAGUAGGUCUAAUGUUCUCCUUCCUACUGCUGUCACCAUACAGGACACGAGCCUUGAGGUGGGGGAGCGCCUCAUUCCUCUGAUAUACUGUGAAUUUACAUGCUUUAAAUGAACUUUAUAGAUGCAAAUAUGUGUAAAUGUCUAUUAUUAUUAAAAGGCCAACGUUCUUCUUGAUCCAUGGACACAUGCCCAUUACUAUCCAGAUCAUAUGCUGCUGUGUGC